UUUAUAUUGUGUCUUUCUCAAACACACUCAAACGAAAACUACAUACAAAAUGAAGAAGAAAGGCAAGACGGACGAUAUUCUAAACAAAAUUAAAGAUUUACGGCAAUAAAACUAAUAAAUAAAUAAUUAAAUUGUGCAGAAUAUAUAAAUUUAAUAAGUGUUUUAUAAGAAAAUAAAAAAAGUUUUCGAAAAAUCUAAAGAAUUCAUAAAGAAAAUCGAAUUAAAGAAACUACUAACUUGUCAAGAGAGUUAAUGCAAGUGUGUGUGUAUGAAAGAGAGAGAGAGGGUGAUACACAGAACAAAACGGAAAUAGUGCAUAAAAGAAAAUAAAGCAAAAGAUAGAAGCAAAAUAAAAAAGAAGAAAAAAAUAAAUAACAAAAAAUAUGUUGAAUGGUGAAGUGAGAAUGAAUGAAAGAAGAAAAACUACGAAAAUGUGCAAAAAUAAAUAUUAAAACAACAAACACAAUGGCAGCAGCAACAACAACAACAAACAAAAAUAAAUACGUAAAAAAACAUCAAGGAAUAACAAAAAAGCUCAAUAAAAUUCAAAAUAAAAACAAAGAAUAAUUUAAAAAAUAGAGUGAGUAGUUGUUGUUGAAAUUAGAAGAAGAAACAAAAAAUACAAAAAUUAAAGAAAAUAAAGGGGCAAAUAAGAAAAAAGUUAUUAAAACAAAAAGUGAAAACUUGAAAAGUUACUUUUUUUCUUUCGUGUUUGUAUUUUUUUUGUUUUGAGCUGAUGAUGAUGAUGGUGGUCGUCGUCGUCGUAGCCGUUGUGGUCGUCGUUUUUGUGUCUCCUCUCCGUUUGAAAUAAAAAAAAUCCAACGUUCGUUGUUAUAUCGUUGUCGUCUUCGGUUGUAUGUUGACGUCGUUUUUUGAUUUUGUGCUUUAACAGGGCCGUCGCAAUAAAUUUUCGCAACAUAAUAGUUUUUGUUGUUGCCAUUUCUUUUUUUUUAUUUUAAAACUUGAAAAUGUAGAAAAUUCUUAGAAUUAACAAAAAAUACAACAAAAAUAAAAGAUAAAAAUCAUCCUUCGAAAUAUAAAUGGUGCAUAAAAAAAGUUUGUUGGUGUUUGAAAGUGUUUUUGUGUUCAAGUUAAAAUAAUGAAAAAAGAGUAAAGAAAAAGUUUUUAGAGCAAAAAGUGUGAAAAAAUAAAGAAAUACCAAAAAAAAAAAAACAAAAUCCAGUCUGCUUGAGUGGCGGCCACCAUUAAAAACCGUCGCCAUCAUUUUAUGCAAAAAAUAAAAUGGUUCAUAAAUUUUAUUGAAAAUACCAGCAAAAUGGCCGGAAUUAUGUCAUUUCAAAAGUAUUUGCACAAAGUAAAUUAGAAAUUUGUAGAAAUUGUUAAACGAUCAUUAUAAAAAAUGUGAAAAAAGUUUUAAAAAGAAACAUGUUUUAACUAGAGAAAGAAACCACCUUGUGAAAGGGUGUCUGUCUUAUCUUUGAACACCCCCCUACACCCACUAAAUACAAACAAAUACACACAUGCAAAAAGUGACAAAAACACAAACAACAUACAAGUAAACAAAUACACGCAGUUACAGCAAAUUUAAAGAAAAGAAGAAAAAAUCUUAAAAUCAAAAAUAAUUUAAUAAUUAAGAGAAAAAGUAAAAAGUUAGGAAAAAUAAAAAUUCCUUUAAUUUAAAGCAGGCCCAACAGCAAAUGAAUGGCAUCAUUUAACACCAGUAAUCCUCAUUCAGCAGCAGAUGUGUUGAGUAACUCUUUAGCCGCCGGCGGCUCCAAUACUCAACCACACAACCAUCACUCCCAGCCACAUCAUCAGCCGCAGCCUCAUCAAUUUACCAAUCAUCAACCACCACCUCUAUCCCACACUUUACACCAUUCCCAUCAUCCCGCACAACAACAUUUUGAACGCAGCAGCAGUAGUAGCAGUACUACCUCCACCACUUAUCUGGUACCCGUUACUUCAUCUCACUUGCCAUUGGAUUCAUCUGCUUUCCUGUCUUCUCCCCACUUUGUGACCUCAAACCCAGUGUCGCUUAGUUCUCACUCAGCCUCUAAUACAUCGACUUCUUCGUAUACUUUUGUUCAAAUUAAACGUGAACCUUGCCAGGUGUCGGAGGUUACUACCUCCAAUACAAAUAAUCAUCAUCAUACUAUUGGUUCUAUAGCAGCAGCAGCGGCCUCAUCCGCCUCCUCUUCCCUGUCGUCUUUGGCUGCUUCAACGGCUACGGGUUCAUUGGCCGCUGCGAAAACUAUGUCAUCGUCAACCUUGACGACUCUGGUUAAAAUAGAGGCUUCAUCACCGAAAGUUCAUGAUAUGGAUAAAACGCAUCUAAAUGCACAAGCUGGCGGCGGCUGUGGAGGUGGCGCCAAUAUGGUCAAUAGCUCAAAUAAUACUGUACCAAUUGGUAUUGCAGUGGCACGUAAAAGACCACAGGAAACAACAGCACCACCACCACCUGCUCCUCCUUCUUUAACAAGUUCCUCAACAUUGCCUUUGUCACAACCACUUAAUAAGGAUAUGAAUUGUUUUGGUAUACGAGUUGCUGAUUUGGGUGGUGUCGGUACCGGUUGCGGCAAUAUUUACUUCACCGGUAAUGGUGAUUUAAUGACCAGUUCAGCCACAGCUGAUGAACUAGCUUUAGCUAAUGCGGCCAGUUUACAAAGUGUUAAUCGUGCUCCUUCAACGUUUUGGCAAUAUUCAAAUGCGCUUCCCAUUGAAUCAGUGAUAUCGAUGUCCCCCGCUACUGUAGGUUUACAAUACUCCCGAGAGGCAAGUCGAGGUCAAGUUGUUUUAUUACCAGCCACAGCAACACCUUUAGGAUUAUCAAAUUAUCCAAUUCUAUGUACACCCACAGAUCCCUUCCAACAGGCGGCUGCAGCGGCCUUUGUCUGGCCCUCCUACAUACCGCAGGGUACGGCACCGGCCACUUUACAACCGCCGCCAAACUUUAUAUUUCCCUCCAUGAGUCCACAUUCAACGUUGCAAGCGGCGGCAGCAGCACAACCUUAUGCUACGUCAUUGCAGCUCUUGGGUUCAAACUAUUUAACAGCCGCGGCGGCUGCAGCAGCAGCAGCGGCUGCCACUUCCACAUUGUGCCAGCAUAAUCAACAGACAAAUAGUACCAGUAGUUCGAUAAAUUUAAGUUUAGGUGGUUCCGUCUCUGGCUCCAGUUCCGGCACUACCCUGAGCAGUUCGAGUAGUUCGACGACGACGCGUUUUAUGAGUUUGGCAACGACCGGUGGUGGUGGAGGCUCCAUCAACGAUACGGGUCAGUCGAAGUCAUCGUCCCACAAAGCUUUAGCACCAGCUCCUUUACCCUUACCGCCACCUCCGCCGACACUAGCUUUAGCCACCGGUCAAUCAUUGAUAACUUCAAGCCAUCAGCAUGGUCACUCAGUGCCCCCGCCACUGUUAAUACCGCCCUCAGCUUUAAAAAUGGAAGAAUGGAGUAGUGCUGACUUUAUGGCUGCCGCCGCUUCAAAGACCACUACCACAACUUUGACGGCAGCAGCCUUAAAUGUGCCACAACCGCCGCCACCACCUCCACCCGCUCACUUUGAUCACAGGGACAAGAACUCAGCUCUAACAACGACUCACAGUGCAACGAAUUUGUUGGAAUUAUCUGCUCCUAAUACACAAGCUUUAAAUCUAAUGCGUUUACCCACCCCUCCCACAUCGGCUACAAUUGAAUCUGCGGCCGUAGCAGCCGCUGCAUCAGCUGCUGCUACACCCAGCCAUUUGUCAACACAACUUUUAUUCCAGACUGCUACCCCCUCGCCCACACCGACAUUGCUCAAUCUUUCUGCCACCUUAAAUCGUGUAACGGCCGCUCAGUCAUCUCAGAAUAGUCCGAAUGUAACGACUACCUUAGCGCCUCUGGCAAACACAUCGAGUCCACUUAAUAGCACCACAACUGGUGGAUAUUUAAACUGUUCCAAUACAGGCGGCAACGGCACUACAUUAACUGCCAAUAUUGGGCCACCCACACCCUUGGCGGAUGACAUGCCAGCUAUGCAAUUCAAAACCAAUACACAACACUUGGACACUUCAACUUCCCCUCAAAUAGUGGUGGGCGUACCACGUAUAGUUAAUCCAGCUCUUCCCAACUCCAUAACUACUUCACAAACACAUACUUCUGCUUCAGCCCCGCCUCAGAUGCAGGAUGUUAAUAUACAAACGGAUACUCCGGUCUGCAGUGAAGACGAGAAUUCAUCUUGCCCUCUUAAUUCAACAACAGCAUGCAAUGGUGCUGCCAACUCUGCAGCUACGGAACAAUGUACAACAGCUCAAUGCACACCACCUCUAACACAAAACGAUGAAUUGUAUCAUGACUCCGAAGCCCAACAGCCAUUAGAACUCACUAAACCGUCACCGCCUAAUAACAAUUGUCACAGGGCAGAGACACCACUGGUGGAGAGCUCCUCACAACUGCUGCGAUCAGAAGAACAAAUGCCCAUACUUAAGAGUCCUAUUAAACAGCAAACGCCAGCACAACUUAAUGAAACAAACGAAGAGCAGCAGCAGCAUAUUCUCCCCCCAAAUGAACAGCAUCAGCUAUCGUUAACACCCACCAUUACCAGUAGUACCGCAACGCCGCAUACUCAUCCAGAGGAUUUGACUGGUUUGGAACUAUUAUCCAACAUAAGCACUAGUACUUUGGCCAAAACUGUAACUAUACGAGUGAAACAAGAACCUCUGGAUGCGAUAAACGAAUCAACCAUGUGCCAUCUAACUGCUGCUGAACAACAACCAAUGAUGGAAUUAAAUUCCAACCAUAUGGACCCUCAACUAAGUGAGCAGCCAAACCCAAUGAUUUUACAUGCGGAUAAUUUGCCAACUCCACCCUCGCCGCAACCGCAGUCUCCCACACUAACACAACACCAUGUUAUGUCUACGCAUUCGCCAGUGGCCAACUUAGCACCAAGUGACGACGUUGAACCAUUGGGCGGUUUAAAGUUGUUGUGUGCUUUGGCCGAGCAGAGGAUACAAGAGGAGGAAGAAGUUCAAAGUACCACCAUGAAUAAUGCAGCAAAUGGUAUUUUCCGACCACCUACGGCAAACUCACCACCUCAACACUUUAGCUCCUCGUUUACGCAAAAUAACUUUGUAAAACCAGUCGCUAGCACUUUCUCACCCUUGGAAACACAAAACUCUACAUUUCCCUCAUUGGAAACACUGGAAUUGCCGUCGACCAGUAGCAGUGGUAAUUGUUUCUCUGCUCACAUAACCGAAGCGGUAGUGCAAGAAAGCCCAGUUAAACGUAAAAAGCAUAAACAUUCCAAAUCUUCAAAAUCAUCGUCUUCGCUAAAUGGCUUGGGCUCCGGCGCCGGUGGUAGUAGUGGCAGCAGCAGCAAAAAGUCCCAAAAGUGCAGUAAGAAGAAUAAAAAGAAAUAUUCCAAGGAAAAGAAACGUCACAAACUAUUGGCUGAAGCCCAACAGACCGAUUUGGAUUUUGAUGAUCCGCAAUUGCAGCAGGAGUUACAAAAUGCUUUUCAAAAUUGUGUGGAUCCAAGUUUGCAACGUAUGGGUAAAUGGCCAACACCACAGGAGAUAUUCAGCAUUAUGGAGAAUAGUAUGCGGAUGCGUUUGGCCGAUAUAACCAGACAAUAUCGCAAGAAGAAACGCAAAUUGGAUGAAAUAUCCAAGAAUAAAAAGAACAAAAAGAAAUGCUCCAAAUUGCAGGCAAAUCAGCAGAUAUCUUUGGUGGGCAAUUCAGCGCUUUCGUUGGCGGUCUCGGAGAGAUCUUCUUCAUCUAAUGCGGUUGUCGGACCAACUGCUUUGUCCUCAUCCCCGCUAUGUGAUUACAAAUUUGGUAAAUUUACUACGAAAUCUUCCAGCACCAGUGCCACCACAACAUCCAGCAAUUAUUUGGCACCCUCCAGUUUCAUACGCUUUGCUACCGAUGCGAACAAGUCUCAAAAUCAUCAUCACCUCAAUACACAUCCACAAUUCCCACCACCUCCAGAUUUAGAAUUAGAAAACGACAAUACCACCUCUAAUAUACCUACCAAUAGCACAACUACUCUCAUCUACAAGCCGGUACGUUUGGAACCCAGUUCGCUAGAUCAACGUUCGAUUACGGCUGCCCAUUGUGUGGGGGCUAGUAGUGGUGGUACAAGCAAUGGCGUUCUACGUUUAGCCCAAAAACAUGCUUCCUCCGAAAAACAUUCUCACGUUAUAGUCUGCAAAGAACCUAAACUAAGCAGUUCUACUUCCUCACGCCGCUCAAGUGGCAACGAAGAUCUGGAUCAGGAAGAUGACGAUGCAGACGAAGAAGUGGAAGAAGCAUUAGCAGCAGACGAUGAUGACAAUCUUGACGAGGAUGAUAUCGAUGAUAUGCCUCAUAAUCGCACCAGUUCCGAUAAUGAAAUGUCCAAAAAUGUCUGUGUGGCUAAACCGCGAAAAAUGAAUCCUAUCGAUCGUUCCCUAAUGCUAACACAAGAUCAUUUGUAUCGCAAAGAAACGCGUGUACUCACCGAUAUGGGUGGUCUUUUCUAUGCGGGCAUUAUGAAACCACUACAGCCACCCGAUGUCUAUGCCAUCACCUUGGACGGUGAAAGAGGCAAUAAAUCGCACAUUAUGUCGAGAGAAGAAAUAUUUAAGGAUACGAUUCUAGAAAUGGCUCCCAAGACUGUUGAAGAUGUACCGGUGGGUACACGUUUAUGUGCGUAUUGGAGUCAGCAGUAUCGUUGUCUAUAUCCCGGCCGAGCCAUAGAAAGUGAGUCUUCCGAUGAUGGUGUUACAUCACAAGAAUUUGUUAGUGUCGAAUUUGAUGACGGUGAUAGCGGCAGGAUCCGCUUACAAAAUAUACGUUUAUUACUCAGUGAUUAUCCACAAGUUGGCAAACACAAAAAGUCCAGUGGCAAUAAAAUCUCCUCAAACAAUGAGUCCGAUCAUCAGCAACACAGUCAUGGCGAUGAGGCGGAUGCCGAUGUUGGUGGUGAUGCGAAAGCGUCAACGAGGAAAAAUGGUUCCGGCAGAGACUAUCAUCAGGCUACAGCCAUGGAGAUAUUUGCCGCCAAACGUAGUGAAAAGAAACGCAAUAAGAGUCUGAAAAAGAAAGCUCAAUCGCAAAAUAAUGCCAACGGCUCUUUGGUAAAUGGUAAAACAGGAAGUGGUGGUGUCUCUACUUCUACAACUGAUGUUGGCGGGCUCAAUAAUGGUUCGUUGGAAUCUGCGGCAGAGUGCGGUCGUAAACAUCACAAACAUAAGAAACGAAAGAAACACAAGAAACAUCGUAAAAAUCUUAUGGAAAUUGGUAUAGUCUCCGAAAUGGAUAAAACCACCUAUAAAACCUCAUCGUCAACAAUAUUGACAUAUAAUAAGAAAACUGAACGCACAUCGCAUACCGCAGCAGUAGAACAGAAACCGCAUCAUCAUUAUACAAACAACACCCAGUCCCAAUCGGCAGCAGCCCAGAUGGAAGAAGAACAAAUGGAUGAUAAUGAGGCAGAAGCGGAAGAGGAAGCAGAGGAUGAAGAAAAUUAUGAAGAGGAUAAUACUCAAACCGAAGACUCACAAAUGGCUGAAGAUAAUAAUCUUAAUUUAUCUAGAAUUAAACAAGAAUCAAAUGGUCAUAGUACGGCGGCUAAUACUUCAGCCCUAAAUUCUUCAACAGCUUCAAUAAAAGUUAAAACUGAACGUUUAGAUUUGGAAGAGGAAAGUACUUCGAAUUUAAUGUCGGAAAUAUCAGAUGAGGCCAAAGGUGAUGACAUGAUUGAGCAUAACAAUUCAAAAGGCAGUAAAAUUGCUGCUUUUCUACCGGAACGCCAGUUGUGGGGUUGGCUGGGUACCGCCUAUUGUAAAUUUGGCAAUAAGGGUUCGAAGGGUCGAAUUCGCAAGCAAUUUUAUAAGACUAUUAAAAGGGGCAAAGAAACUAUUACUGUUGGGGAUUGUGCAGUAUUUUUAUCAACAGGACGACCAGAUCGUCCCUACAUUGGUCGCAUCGAGUCAAUGUGGGAAAAUUCAUGUAAUAAUAAAAUCGUACGUGUACGUUGGUUCUAUCAUCCAGAAGAAACAACUGGAUGUCCAAAUUUAAAAUAUCCCGGUGCUUUAUUUGAGUCCCCCCAUGAAGAUGAGAAUGAUGUACAAACGAUAUCGCAUCGUUGUGAAGUUUUACAAUUUGGUCGUUAUUAUAAUAAAUUUGGAUCGGAUUCAAAGCAAUAUCAAUCGAUAUACGAUAAUAAUGAUACAUAUUAUUUAGCAGGUUAUUAUAAUCCAAGAUUACAAGUCCUGAAACUACAAGAUAAUAUUCCAACUCUAGAAGAGCAAUCACAACCACAACAAACACUAAAUAAAACAACUUUAAUUAUAAAUAAUGAUAUAAUAAAAACAACAACAACAGCAUCAGCAGCAAAAACAAAUACAACUACUAUUAAUAAUAAUUCUAAUUCUAAUACAAAUAAUACUAACACUAAUCUUAAUAUCAAUAAUUUAAUUACAAAUUAAAUGCAAAACAAAUUUAAACUUAACUCACACACACACAAACAAAUACAAACAGAUUAGCAGAUUUAAAGAAUAUUGAGAUAUAUAUUGAGUACGAUGAUUGAAACCAUUUAAUGAUUUUUAUUAUAUAUAAAUUUAACAAAAAAUACAACAAAAAUUACAUAUUAUUAUAUACAUCCAAUAUAUAUAUAUUUAAAUUUAAAAAAUCUUUAUUAGCAUAUAAAGCAAAAACAAAAAUACUAUAUGUAUACAA